UAUUGAAAUACAAAAAAUGGGGCGGUGGACAUUCCGGUGACAGAGUGGGUCUUCCACGGAGGCUGCCUUUCCGACUUCCAACCUCCUCUUCCUCUCUGUCGAUUGUCGUUCGCCACCGGAGCCACUUAUGUCUUUCGAUCCGUCCAAGACGGAAAAGAAACUAGAGAAUCUUUGAAGAGAGUUCCGUGAUCAAGUAGGAGUCUCGAAGCUCUGCAACAAUGGCGAUUCUCUACGCAGUGGUGGCGCGAGGGACAAUCGUUCUGGCUGAGUUCAGCGCUGUCUCUGGGAACACAGGCGCUGUUGCACGAAGGAUCAUGGAGAAAUUGCCGUCUGAAGUUGAUACGAGACUCUGUUUCUCGCAAGAUCGGUAUAUAUUUCACAUACUGAGCUCGGAUGGUCUCACCUUUCUAUGCAUGGCGAACGACACCUUCGGGAGAAGAAUUCCAUUUUCUUACUUGGAGGAUAUCCACAUGAGAUUUAUGAAAAACUAUGGCAGGGUGGCUCAUUCUGCACCUGCUUAUGCAAUGAAUGAUGAAUUUUCGAGGGUCUUACAUCAGCAAAUGGAAUUUUUCUCCAGUAAUCCCAGUGCAGAUACUCUUAACCGUGUGAGAGGUGAAGUUGGUGAGAUACGUACUAUCAUGGUGGAGAAUAUUGAAAAGAUACUGGAGAGAGGUGACAAGAUUGAACUUCUUGUUGACAAGACUGCAACAAUGCAAGACAGUUCUUUUCACUUCAGAAAGCAAUCUAGGCGCCUCCGCCGGGCUCUUUGGAUGAAAAAUGCCAAGCUUUUGGCCAUGUUGACAUGUUUCAUAGUUGUCUUGCUAUACAUUAUUAUAGCUGCUUGUUGUGGAGGCAUUACUCUUCCUUCAUGUCGGUCUUGAUGCAGCUUAGAGGUGAUUCAUAAUGGUGCUUGCUCUGUAUGUUAGCCGCCCGUCUGCAGAGUUGAACUUUCAAAUUUCUAGGUACGUUGGCCAGGAGUGACAUAUGCCAUGACAGUACAAUGGCCCCAUAAACAACCCUGCUGAUCAUCUCUUUGGAAAAACCAUGAAUUCAAUACUUGUGGAUGACCCGUCUUCUGUAAAUUCUGGGAUUUUCUGUAUGAUAUUGUCAUCUAUUGUCAAAAUUCUGUUUCUUCAGUAAAUUAUGUUUGAUGUUUUACAAUGGAACCUGCUUCUGCAUGUUUCCGGUUUGUUUGGUUCCGAUUCAUUUUGUUCCUUGAAUACAAUAACGGUGCUUAUCAAACUUGCUUUUGUAUCA